AUGUACAUUCCACAGAAACGUGAUACAACUAACAAGAAUAAUGUCUUCAUCAUUUGCGCUGCGUGUAUUAUCUUUGUGCUCUCCGUCUGUGUGAUCGUCUAUUUUGGCUCGCGGUAUCUGCGGCAGCAGUAUCACGAACCAAAAUAUAUCCCCGGGCAAUAUUUGAAACGCAAAUGGAAGCAGUGGUGUCCCGGCAGCGCCUCGUAUGGCCAGGUUCCUAGUCCAGCGGCCGGCAAUGCCGACCAAGAUACCUCGUAUCGUGGAGGCGGCCAGUCGGGUCCGGAGAUGAACACCACCGGCGUUCAGCGGGAAACGUCGGUUCGAUCCAUCAUGACAUUGCCUGCUUACUCGCCGAGCCCGAAGCCGACCGAGCAGAUCAUUGCGCGAGAGGGUGAGCGAAAUGGAAUGGAUAUGGUCGUGGAAUACCCCGAGACCGCAGAGGAACAAGAAGCUCGUCGCGAAGAGCAGAUGGAUGCGCUGUACCAGCUUCGUCUGCAGCGCCGUCAAGAACUCGCUGAGCGUGAGGCCCGCCGUCGCGAUCGACGAGAAGCUCGGGCGCGUGGCGAUUCGGCUCGCCUCGAACAGCUCGCAGUCGAGGCUCGCGCCCGGAGCCAGCGCACUCGUCCGGAGAAUAGUAGCAGUACCUCGGUGAAUGCCUCUACCGUUAUGGCGGAGCACCAGUCUCGAGAACGGGAGCGACGCAUCUCCAGUGUUAGUUAUGCAUCGAUCGGCCAUGUCCGCCACGAUGGUUCACGCCUUCGGGCCGACUCGCACGACUCCGAUCAUCACCCGUUGCUGCAGCAUGCCACCAUCAAUGAAUCCACUCCGUCUUUGGAGGAUCCAACCAGUAUGCAUUCUCGCGUCGAGUCCUUUGCAUCCUCGACCAGGACCACCUCUACUCUGGCCGCAGACCCCGAUCUAUCUCUCACCCCGUCCGUGACCGGUGGAUCCAGUCGACCGUUGUCCCAAGCAGAUGACGGCGAUCUCGGGGCAUCAGACAUUCCGCCUCCCCCAGAAUAUGACCAUCUGGACUGGGGGGAUGCGCCUGCCUAUGAAAGCCCGAUCACAGAACGCAAUGAAGGGCUGCGGCGGCUGCCCAGCCUUGCACCCCUGCCUGCCAUUCAGGUGAACGUGGCCAGUCCCUUGGCCACAUCCCCAGUCACCCCGACUGCUUCUCACCAACAUGAGAGGGAGAAUGAACCCUCGACCCCCACAGGACCUGCGCAGGAACCAGAAAGGACCACCAGUCCCCCUCCGCACGGACCCUGUUCCUCUUCAUGA